AUGGAAAAAAAACCAAUACUAACGAUUUAUCGUUGCAAAUGGAUUGUCAUUGGAGCAUUUACAGUAUUAUUAAUAGCUCUUUCUGUUAUACUCACAACGGGAGUACUAAAUGAUUUACCAACUAUUACCACUGAGCAUUCUCCAAUAGUAGAAUUUCCUUCGCCAGGAGACACCAACUCUAUUUGUUCAGAACAUGUCACCCAACCAACACUUAUUGGUACAUUUUGGACUGGUAAAUUUUCACCAAACAACCUAACCUUUCCUAAUACCCAACCGACGAAUCGGUUAAAACGAAUUCUUUUUAGAUUGGAGAUUGAUGGCGAUGGCACCUUAGAUGGGAACCUUCCUGUUUUUACAAUUAACAUAUUUGACUCAGGUGAUGUAACAAGUGCGGAUGCAAUGUAUGCCGAGGCAGUUAAGGAUACCUAUUUCGAGGAGUCAUCAGAUUCAUUUAUUACGUCGAUUUUCCGAGCGAAUAGAUAUUUUAUAGGAGAAAAUAUCUAUUAUGUUCGGAUGACCAGGAAGGUCACCAAUAGAAUAACACCCUCAUUCAAAGAUAACCUCGGGUUUCAACCAAACCACGACACACAAUCUUAUAUCACAACAAUUAUUUACCCGACGUCAAGGAAUUCUUCAUUUUUUGCGCUAGGAGCGACAGGAUUUAUGAUUGACCCUCAAAAUUUUGUGAUUGAAACGCAGACAGAACUAAGGCAAGUAAAUAAGAUUAAUGAUGAUUGA